CACAAUAUUAUGGCAUAAGCUCUGGUCAAACGAACUUCAUCCGUAACAAUUUUGCAAAACUGUCCAUCUUAUCACUCUUCGGCUCCUUCGAGCGCGUGUUACAUACACUCGUCAAAGUUGUUUGAGAAUUACAUCAGAAUCCCCACCUCAGAUCGACAUCCUUCGACUUACGCUAAUCUCUGGCUUCGCGCGGACUUCUUGCUGGAAGAGAAUCAUUUCUUUUCGCAUUAAUGCCGAUCAUAUGCACAGUAGUACUCGGUACCAUGCAUAUGGGCGUGUUUUUCGAACCGUUCCCUUUGCCCACCACGUUCGGUGCUCCCCGCCUUUUACAAGGCCGUGGGCAUGUCCCACUCGCUUCCGGCUUUGGCUUUUGUUCUCGCCUCGCAGUCGCUAGUAGUUGCAGCCAAUAAUGUAUACCGAGAGCCAAUAUUCAUGUCCGCUCGCGAUAACGGGGACGAGAACGGUGAUGACGACGGUGAUGACGAUGACGAUGAUGGAUCCAGCACCACAACUGAACACCACACCACCUCCACCUCUAGUAAUCAGUCCAGCUCCAGCUCCAGCUCCAGCUCCAGCACCACAAUUACUACUCACUCCAGCUCCAGCUCCAGCUCAUUCCCCAGCACUAGUUCCUUUCCUGGCUCCAGCACCAGCUCCUUCCCCAGCACCAGCUUCACAAUUAUUACUCACUCCAGUUCCACCUCUAUCACCCAGUCUAGCUCCAUCUAUACAACUGCCACCGCAGGCACGCUCACCAGCUCCAGCUCAGGCUAUGCAAGCACUAGUAGUACCAGCUCCUCAAGCUCAGGACAAAACACUGUAUAUGGCUUGACUUCAGCUACCAGCCAUGGGCUUAGCACUGGAACGCGGGCUGGUAUAGCAUGUGGGAUAAUGUUUUCUUUGAUAUCACUCGCAGUGGUAGUUUGUUACUUCAGGAGACGGUCUUGUAGGCCUUGGGAUCAAAUCAUCGACGAACCUGACAUCCUGUCCUCGGAAGUUGGUCGAUAUUGGCUCCCCGAUUCCGUUGCAUCGAGAGAGAGAGAAGUGUCGCCUCCAUCUCCACCUCCACCUCCACCUCCACCUCCACCUCAGCUGGAUAUCGUGUAUCCAUAUUCACCUGACACCCCGCACUCGCUGUCCCUUCCAGCUAUCUCAAGUGCCCCCUCCUUGCUGAGCGACGAUUCUUGCAUCGAAAUUUAUGCCCUGUAUUUGCGAGGAGCCGCUGCGGCGCACUGUCGUGGACAACAGAUCCUCUACGAAUAACUACACAAGAUCUGCAUGCUCUCCCAAAUCCCUGCCAACGCCUUCUCAG